AUGGUAUAUGACCCUGCUGAUAUCGAAUAUGAUUCUUCUCGGAUAUGGGUCAUUUACAAGCCUAACAUUCCAAAGACUCCACAAGGUUUCAAGAGAAUCAUGGUGCUUAGAAAGGAUUACUCUAAAUUGGACUCUAACUACAUCACACCUACAGGUAAAAAUCUGAGAACCCGCAAUGAGAUAGCAACAUAUCUUAAAGAUCAUCCACAACCAAGUGGUGUAUCUGCUUCGGAAUUUAAUUUUUCAUCCCCAAAGGUUAUGCAAGACACUAUCCCAGAAUUUAUUGUGAAACUGAAGGAUUCUGCGGAAAAAAAAAGCUAA